AUGUCAUUGGAGGUGGUGAAGGAAGACGAAGAAGUUUACAGCUGGAGAGAAGUGAAGCUGGCGUCCAUCCCAGAGCUUGAGAGGGAGACGGUGGAGAGAAGGCGUGGCCGUGACAUAGUCAUCGCUGUGGAUCAUGGGCCCAACAGCAAGCACGCUUUCGAUUGGGCCCUUAUUCACUUUUGCAGGCUUGCUGAUACCAUCCAUCUUAUUCAUGCUGUUUCCAGUGUGAACAACGAGAUUGUUUACGAUGCAAGCCAGCUCCUGAUGCAGAAGCUUGCAAUUGAGGCAUUUGAAGUUGCCAUGGUGAGGACGAUUGCACGAAUUGUGGAAGGAGAUCCAGGUAAGGUAAUUUGCAAGGAAGCAGAGCGUGUAAAGCCUGCAGCUGUUAUCCUGGGUACCAGAGGCAGGGGCUUCAUUCAAAGUGUACUACAGGGAAGUGUCAGCGAGUAUUGCAUGCACAACUGUAAAUCAGCUCCUGUUGUAAUCGUUCCAGGGAAAGAAGCUGGAGACGAGUCAUUGAUCUAG